CAGAUCAAUCCUACCAUUGGCAAUGCCUUAUCCGACUGGCUCGGCGUGGUCCUUGAGGGCCUUUCUACCCAUUAAAGCUGCUGUGGACUAGGCUUUCGCCCAAAGCUCCAGGAGCCUAGUUGGUUAGCUAGCUGGCUGAUGCGGGGAAAGUUGCCCUUUUGCUCUAAAGAAGGCCAGUGACUUGGUGAGGAGAAAAGAAAAGCAACGACAAAGGCCACUGCUUCAAAAUGGCAUGGUUCAAUCCGAUUCUGCCACUUUUGAGCUGGUUUUUGAUCAGUUCUGGAUCGUGCAAGAACCUCUACUUUGCCGGGUUCUUUCCCAUGAAUCAAGAGAUCGGUCAAGGCGUUUUGCCCGCCGUCAACCUGGCCAUCUUGCACAUCAAUGAGUCGCCCAAAAUAUUGCGCAAACACAAACUUCAUAUGGUUUACAAUGAUACUCAAUGCAACCCAGGGGUGGGCUUGAAAUCCUUCUUCGACAUUGUCCACCAUCGACCCAAAAAGCUCUAUCUUUUUGGCUCCGCUUGCUCAGCCGUCACAGAUCAGAUCACCAAAGCUGCCAAACAUUGGAACAUGGUUCAGUUAUCAUAUGGAGACACUCAUCCAAUGUUCACUGAGAAGUCAUAUCCCAACUUCUUUCGGAUUGUGCCAAGUGAAAACGAAUACAAUCAACCGCGAUUGUCGCUCAUGCGAUACUUUAAUUGGACUCGUGUAGGUACUCUCUACCAAAACGAGGCCAAAUACACACUGGCACAUAACAAUUUGAUUUCCGAAUUGGAAAAAAAUGGUUUUGAGGUGGUCGUCUCACAGAGCUUCAAUGACGAGUUGCAGAAUCAAAUGGAAAUCUUCAAGAAGAAAGACGUGCGCAUCUUUCUUGGCAAUUUUGAUGAGUUUUGGGCGCGAAAAGUCUUGUGCAAAGCCUUUCAUGAGAAUAUGUAUGGGGCUCGCUUUCAAUGGAUUCUGGUGGGCUUCUACCAAAUCGAGUGGUGGCUUAAGCCCACCCCGAAUUGCUCUCGAGAAGACAUGAGACAAGCCGUCCAAGGGAUCUUUUCCAUCGAACUUCUCACCUUAGCCACCAAUUUAAUCACAACCGAAGCAGGAAUUACCCCUGAAGAUUACCAAACCCAAUACUUGAACCAAACGUCAGUGGUCUCUAAUUUUCAUGCUUACGCCUACGACGGAGUUUGGGCAUUGGCCAUUGCCAUGGAAUCUUUGUACCGUGAGGUACAGAAACGCGGCGAGAACUUACAGGACUUUGAGUACAGGAACGAAACCUGGGAACAGGACCUCAUCUUAGCUUUAGAUAAAACCGUGUUCCAAGGUAUGACUGGACCGGUGUCGUUCCGAAAGAAUAGCCGACGAGCCAGUUUUGUCAUAAAGCAAAUACAAGAUCAAGAAUCCCGGUGCAUUGGCGAAUACAGUGGAAUCACCAGGACGCUGCAUCUGGAACGAUGCGAUCACGUGUACUGGCCCAGAAAUAAGGCUCCCAAAGAUCGAACCUUUAUUAAAACGGAGCAGAUGAAGCUCUCCUGGACAAUAUUCCUGAUCUUUGUCAUGGUGGCGGGUGUUGGCAUUCUCUUGGCGUUCUUUUUUCUCGUGUUUAACAUCACUCACCGGAAUCAAAAGCAAAUUAAGAUGUCCUCGCCCAAUAUGAAUAACCUGAUCAUCAUAGGCUGCAUUCUGUCAUAUUCAUCGGUGAUCCUCUUGGGCUUGGACUCCAAUCUGACCUCGAAUUUCUUAUUUCCUUACGUUUGCACUGGACGGGCCUGGAUUUUGAUGUCGGGCUUCACCCUCAGUUUUGGCUCCAUGUUCAGCAAAACGUGGAGAGUACACUCAAUAUUCACUAAUGUCCAACUAAACAAAAAGGUGAUGCAAGAUUAUCAGCUGUACCUUGUGGUUGGUGCCCUCAUCUUCGUCGAUGUCCUAACUCUCACUGCUUGGCAAAUUUUGGACCCUUUCUACCGGGAAACCCGCCAACUGCAACCAAUUGUGUCUACCGACGAUGAGCUAGUAAUCAUUCCGAUCUUGGAGUACUGCCGAUCAAAGCACAUGACAGCCUUCGUUGGGUGCAUUUAUGUCUAUAAAGGACUCUUGAUUCUAUUUGGAGCAUUCUUAGCUUGGGAGACUCGACAAGUGCAGAUUCCGGCUCUCAACGACUCUAAGUAUGUGGGCAUGUCCGUUUACAAUGUGACCAUCAUGUGUGUUUUGGGCGUGGCAGUGAGCUUUGUCUUGGGGGAGGAACACACCAUGUCCUUCGUCAUCAUCUCCAUUUUUAUCAUCUUUUGCACAACGGGAACAUUAUGCCUCGUGUUUGUGCCCAAGAUUAUUGAGGUCCGCAAGGAGCCCGCCAAACGCGAAUUAAAAAAUGGCAAGACCACCAUGAAAAUGGCGGGCGUGGCAAAGACCAAGGAUAAGGUCGACAACUUUGAGGAGCUAUUGCGAAUUGCAAAGAAAGUCAACUUCAAAUUGAAAGGCUCUAUUGUUGAUAUUGACAAGGAUAUCGAGGAAACGAAAUUAUUAAUUGCUAACCUAGAAGCCGAGCAAGCCCGAGCAGCUGAGCAGGCAGUUGAACCACCGGCUUUGAUGGCAGAAAAGAGAAGCGUCACUCCUCCGCCGCAGUUUGUUCCUGAAGGGGAUCAACCUGUGGAACACAUGAUUGAACCUCCUGUUCGACCCAACCAUAUAGAUAUUCCAAAUUGCUUGAGUUCAGUCCCCGAUCUGCCGCAAAACACGGAUGACAUUUUGCCGAUUUUCCAAAAGCUAUUGGAAGACAAACAUGUGAAGGGCAAUUUCUCGUCAAGAUUGGUCACCUCUUCAUGUCCAAAUAUUUCCGUUACUUGCGACAUCAUUGAAUAUUUGUAAGAACGAUAACCAUGAUUCGCUCAUGUACUGAUGAUUUAUGGUCAUGAACAUACCAAACCAGUGUCGAAAAAUGGAGCGAUGAAGACACUCGAGUGAAAUCAAAAGGCAAGCGCAAUAGAAAGCAUCAUAUCUGCCAAUUUAGUAUUAUGUACAUUUCCAAAAUUCCGAAGACCGGAAAUUCAUCCA